CCUCAUAAUGCACAACGUUACGUUGCGUAGUUCAAGUUCUGUUGACUAUUCCUGUUGAUAUUGAAAAGCUGUUCAUACGCCAAGAGAGCUAACUCUUGUUUGUUGUCAAGGGGUCGUAAUGGCGUCCAAUGUGGUCGAAGACGAUUUGGAGACUCCUAACGAGGCCAUUAUGGACCUUCGUGAUAAACUCAACCAUCUCCGAGAGGUAAACAUUGAUCUGAACGCUAACCUCGAAAAACGUCAUAGCAGUCUGAAGGAAGCCGGAAGUAAGAUACAGCAGAUGUCCAGCAGUAUGCAUCAGUUCCAGGUGACCUUGAGGGCCAUAGACAAACACAUGCUAGAAAACAACACUCGCAUGCUCGACCUUGACCGCAUGUGUGGGGAACUACAGCGAGAAAAAAGUGACAUCAACACAGAGAUACGCUUCCUGUCGUCUGAGGAUGCAUGGGCAGAGCUCGACUCGAGUCAGCUACAGGGGGACGAGGAGGAUGUAGCGACAGAGAGACGUCUUACCGACUGGGCACGAGAGGACCUCUUCGCAAAGCUGGAUGACCUUGACGCAAUGAAGAGGCGACACGCCGACAAGGUGGCGGACACUAACGACCAAUGGGAGAUGUAUAAGGAUGAGCUACGAAAGGGUCGGAUGGAGACAAAGUCCUACCUUGAUGAUAUCAAUGACGUCAACAACCAGAUAGUGUCCCGGUUCAACAGCAUCCUGAAAUACGGUCGACAAGGUUUAGGAGACACAGAAAAAGACAGUCUCCGAAAUACCAUAAAAGGCAUAGGAAUAGAAUCCGCACUCCGCAAUGAGUCUGAACAGACUCUAGAUACUGAAGUGUUUAGUUCGGACAUUGAAGAGGAAAUCGACCAGCUGUUGAGACAAAGGGAACAGAUGUGGGAACAGAACGCCGCCCUGACGGAGGAAAUAUGUGACCUUCAGUCCCAGGAUCAGGGGGAGACAAUUAUUCCUCUGAAGUCAUCGGGCAAACACAUAGAUCUGCCUAAUAGGGAUUCAACCAACCAGAAGAUUCCAGGAAGCGCUGAAGAUAGCGGGGAGCAAGCAGAGGAAGUGGAACAUUUCGGAGGGGGCAUUUCACUUCACAAGUGUGUCAAGCUCACCGAUCUAUCACACCUGUAUAACGGGCCGGAGAAGAUACAGCCGGCCAUGGAGGAGGUCUUCACUCCUCAGGACGCUCAAUUGGACGCCGGAGAUGACCAGUUGGACAUGGACUCGGCUGCUGGGGGACACGACGAGCCCCCUCCGCCCCCAGAGGAAGACUCGGAGGACGAGGAAGAGGAACAGGAACCGGAACCCGACGAGAGCCCGGAACCGUCACAGGAGACGGGCGUCGCUCGCAGACAUCACCACCACAUGGAGAAUACAACAAUGUCCGACCUCAUGGUGUCGAAGAUCCAGGGAAGAACGCUGGGACCCAAUCUCCAGGCAGCCCACAAGGACGCUGAGACGGUUACUGGACAACCAAACAUGCAAACAAUGCGCAGACCGUCCGCCUUCUCCUUCACUCCCACGUUAGCAAGGAGAAAUCGGUCCAAUCGUCAGUAGCCCGUCCCGAAUACUACCAAUUCUGUUUCGCAUUUUCUACUUACCAUAAUGGUGUAGUGGGAUUUCAACGUUAAAUACAAAUUUAAUGAAGAACCUAUACGAUAAUGUUCAGAUAUGUGCAAUUCAGUAUACGUUUUACAUUAAAAGAGCUGACUUAUUUCAAUUUC